AGAUGAUAAUUCAGAUCCUCAUCCUCCUUCCUACCAAUCCAACCCACAGCCGAAUCCAUCCCCAGGCCCCAGCUCGUCGCAGCUCUGACUGAAUCCCCCUUCACCACCGGACAGCUGCCGCCGACGCCUCGAUCCCUCCCCUCCCCCUCCACCCUCCCCUGACGCCGUCGCCCCCUCCUCGCCGCGACAUCGGUCGCUGCCCCCCUGCCGCCUCCGCCCCGUCCGCGAUCUCAGGCCGAUUGGAGGUACGAGCUUGUUCGAUUGCUAUCGUCCAGCGAUUAGCCAAGCAUCCACCGACCUCCACGAUUUCUGGGCGCACACGGCACCACACCAUCUAGAUCCCUAGGCGCGCUCGUCGAUUCAGCCCUCCGGCCAUCGAGGAGGAGAGAUGCAGGCAUCUAGAGCUAGGCUCUUCAAGGAGUACAAGGAGGUGCAGCGAGAAAAGUCAGCCGACCCAGAUAUCCAAUUAAUCUGUGAUGAUUCAAAUAUAUUCAAAUGGACUGCUGUAAUCAAGGGCCCAUCGGAGACACCUUUUGAAGGUGGCGUAUUUCAACUUGCAUUCUCAAUUCCCGAGCAGUAUCCUCUACUGCCUCCGCAAGUCCGCUUCAUCACCAAAAUUUUCCACCCAAAUGUUCAUUUCAAGACUGGUGAAAUAUGCCUGGAUAUAUUGAAGAAUGCAUGGAGCCCUGCGUGGACUCUACAAUCUGUUUGCAGAGCCAUUAUUGCGUUGAUGGCCCAUCCGGAAGCAGACAGCCCACUUAACUGCGACUCAGGCAAUCUUCUCCGCUCAGGCGACAUCAGAGGUUACCAGUCCAUGGCGCGGAUGUACACCAGGCUAGCUGCCAUGCCAAAGAAAGAGUGAUUUGUAGGGUUGCAAAGGUGCGCCAGAGCCACUUGUUGAUUGAUUCAUGCAUGUAUCAACUCCCUAAGUUGUCAGGUGUAACUCAGUUGCUGUCCCUGCAUGAACUCGUGUGUGUAACUCGUUGCUGUCCCCGUUUGAACUCGUGUGGCCUGUUUUUCUUACCUGACUCGUCGUCGUGGGUGUAAUGUUAAUUCUAUUGGGCUAAAAAGGAUGAAAGCGUAAAUGCUUGAUUGAUGAUGAUGUAAUAAAUUAUCCUAACAGGGAUUUGGUACGGUGUAUAUGUAUAUGGUUCCUCCAGUGCAGUAUCCUCUGUUGAAUUA